AUGAAGAGCAUAAGCAUGAUUCAUGAGGUGGCCUUAAAUAAAUUAUCAUCUCUAAUUACACAAAAUAGAAAACAGAAAAUAAUAAAAAGAAAGGAUAGUAAAGAAGAUAAUAUAAAAGAAGUAAAUAUAAAUAAUAAAAAUGAAAAAUUAAUUGAUAAAAAAAAUAAAUUAAUAUAUAUAUGUUUUGGAUAUAGUAUAAAUACAUUUUUAUAUUUCCUUUUUGUAUUUAUAUCUGAUUUUAUAUUAAAUCAUUGUAUAUUUAGUAUAUCAAAAAUUACGAAGAAGAAUUAUUAUGAUAGUUCAAUUAUUAAUUCUAUAAAACAUUUUCUUAUCCUUUUUUUGUGGUAUCAUUAUCUUUCGGGUGGGUUUGAUGGUGACCCCUUUUUUCAUUUUUUCAAGAACCGCAUGAAGUUUAUAAAUAAAAUUGAGUGUGUUGUAUCAUUUGCUGGAAAUAUUGUGGGGACCAUAUUAUAUCUUUCAACCUUCGAUCUUUUAAAAUUAUCACAAUACGAAGAAGAGAAAAGAAUUAAUAUUAUAAAUUAUAUUAAAGAUGACAAUACUUUAAAAGAUAAUUCAUUUUUUACAUAUCUAGUAUAUCCUUAUAUUCCUACUUAUUUAAAAGAUAUAAUAUCGAACAUGUUAAUUUUUAUAUUUCCAUAUAAUAAUUCAGAUAAUAAAUAUGAUCAAAAAAUAUUUUUUAAUAAUAAAGAUAUAUAUUCAUCAAUUAUAAUGGAUACAUUUAUAAAUGAAUUUAUAUCUUCUUUUUUAAAUUAUAUAUUAUUAUAUAUAUAUAUAUUUACAAAAAAUAAUUUAUCACAGUCUAUAAAUAUUAAUUUAAUAUUAACACAAAUAAUUUCUUUAUGUUCUAUCAAAUAUAAACAUAUUAUAUGUGGACCAUAUAUGAGUUUAACUUGGAUAAUUCAUGAUGCUUAUAAAAAAAAAUAUCCUUUAUAUUUUUCUAUUAUUUUAAUUCUUUCACAUUAUUUUGGAUAUAAAUUAGCAACACUUAUUCUUAAAAUACCUACUAUAUCAUUGACAGAAGCCAAAAGAUAUUUUCAUAACAUUAAUUAUGAAUACUUAAAUAAAUAUACAAAUAAAAAUGGACAUGUUAACAUGGACUCUAUACCUGAUCAUCUUAUAAACAUUACUCUCUUUUCAAACACAUAUCUUUUAAAACUCGCUAAUUUUUAUUUCACAACAUUUAUGUUUAAAAUAAAUACAAACAAAAUUAUCAAAAAGGAAUGA